GAGGUGAGCCAUGGGCGGAGGAGGAAGACGAGGAGGAGGAGGAGGAGGAGCCACCCUCGCCGGCCCCGAGUGUCCCUGAGGGGGGCACGGCGCGCGAGCCGCCGGCCAUGGAGGAGGGCGGCGAGCUGGGCGACCUGGAAACCAUGGAGACCCUGACGGAGCUGGGGGACGAGCUGACCCUGGGGGACAUCGACGAGAUGCUGCAGUUUGUCAGCAGCCAGAUCGGCGAGUUUCCCGAUCUGUUUUCGGAGCAGCUGGGCCACAACCUGGUGGACGGCGGGGGGCCGGCGGACCCCGCGCCCCCGCGGGCGGUGGGCCAGGCGGCGCCGGCCCCCUUCCCCGCCGCGGCCCCCUCCCCGCAGGCCGGCCCGGCCAAAGCCAGGCCCGCGCCCCUCCUCCAGCCCCGGCCCCAGCCGCAGGCCGUGAUGAUCGCCCCGACGUUCAGCACAGCCCCCCAGACGAGGAUCAUCCAGCAGCCCUUGAUCUACCAGAACGCGGCCACCAGUUUCCAAGUCCUGCAGCCUCAGGUGCAGAGCCUGGUGACGUCCCCCCAGGUGCAGCCGGUCACCAUCCAGCAGCAGGUGCAGACGGUACAGACGCAGCGGCUGCUGACCCAGGCGGCCAACGGCACCAUCCAGACCCUGGCCCCGGCUACUGUGCAGACGGUCGCCGCCCCUCAAGUCCAGCAAGUCCCGGUCCUGGUCCAACCUCAGAUCAUUAAGACGGAUUCCCUCGUCCUGACGACGUUAAAAGCGGACGGCAACCCCGCCCUCACCACCCUCACCACCCCCAUCCAGACAACAGCCCUCCAAGUACCGACGCUGGUGGGUAGCAGUGGGACCAUCCUGACGACGAUGCCCGUGAUGAUGGGGCAGGAAAAGGUGCCCAUUAAGCAGGUCCCCGGCGGGGUGAAGCAGCCCGAGCCCCCCAAAGAAGGAGAAAGGAGGACAACCCACAACAUCAUCGAGAAGCGCUACCGUUCUUCCAUCAACGACAAAAUCAUCGAAUUGAAGGACCUCGUCAUGGGGACCGACGCCAAGAUGCAUAAGUCCGGCGUUCUGAGGAAGGCCAUCGACUACAUUAAAUACCUGCAACAGGUCAACCACAAACUGCGGCAGGAGAACAUGGUGCUGAAACUGGCCAGUCAGAAGAACAAGCUGCUGAAGGGCAUCGACCUGAGCAGCCUGGUGGACGGCGACGUGGACAUGAAGAUGGACGACUUCAAGCAGAACGUCCUCCUCAUGUCCCCGCCAGCCUCGGACUCGGGGUCCCAGGCCGGCUUCUCGCCCUACUCCAUCGACUCCGAGCCGGGGAGCCCCUUGCUGGACGACGCCAAGGUCAAAGAUGAGCCCGACUCUCCGCCGGUGGCCCUGGGCAUGGUGGACCGCUCUCGGAUUCUGCUGUGCGCCCUCACCUUCCUGGGCCUUUCCUUCAACCCCCUGACGUCCUUGCUGGAGUGGGGCAGGGCCCACGGCUCCGGCAAACACGCCUACUCGGCCGCCGGGCGAUCCGUCCUGUCCCUGGAAUCAGGCGCCAGCGGCUGGUUUGACUGGAUGCUGCCCACCCUCCUCCUCUGGCUGGUCAACGGCGUCAUCGUCCUGAGCGUCUUCGUCAAGCUGCUGGUCCACGGGGAGCCCGUGACCCGGCUGCACUCGCGCUCCUCGGUCACGUUCUGGCGGCACCGAAAGCAGGCCGACCUGGACCUGGCCCGGGGAGACUUCGCGGCCGCGGCGUCCAACCUCCAGACGUGCCUGUCGGCCCUGGGCCGAGCGCUGCCCACUUCGCGGCUGGAUCUGGCCUGCGGCCUCUCGUGGAACGUGAUCCGCUACAGCCUCCAGAAGCUGGGGCUGGUGCGCUGGCUGCUGAGGAGGACUUCCCGGCGGCGGCGGCCGGCCUCGGCCGCGGCCGGCGGCUUCGAGGACGAAGCCAAGACCAGCGCCCGGGACGCGGCCCUGGCCUAUCACAAGCUCCACCAGCUCCAUCUCACAGGGAAGCUCCCGGCGGGCUCCGCCUGCUCCGGUCUGCACAUGGCCCUGUGCGCCGUGAACCUGGCCGAGUGCGCCGAGGAGCAGAUCCCGCCCAGCACGCUCGUCGAAAUCCACCUGACGGCCGCCGUGGGCCUCAAGACCCGCUGCGGAGGAAAGCUGGGCUUCCUGGCCAGCUACUUCCUCGGGCGGGCGCAGAGCCUGUGCGGGCCGGAACGCUGCGCCGUCCCCGACUCCCUGCGCUGGCUGUGCCACCCCCUCGGCCAGAAGUUCUUCGUGGAGAGGAGCUGGUCGGUGACGGCGGCCGCCGAGGAGAGCCUCUUCUGCUCACAGAGGAACCCAGCCGACCCUAUCGCUCAGAUCCACCAGGCCUUCUGCAAGAACGUCCUAGAGAGAGCCGUGGACUCCUUGGUGAAGCCCCAGGUCAAGAAAGGGGUCACUGAGCCGGAGGAGGAGCCGUGCGAGUUUUCCAGCGCCUUGGACUAUCUGAAGUUACUGAACGCUUUCGCGGACUCGGUGGGAAUGGAGACCCCCGCUUUCACCCACAGCUCCGUGCCGAAGUCAGCCCCGGGUCCCGAUGUCACCUGCAGAUGGUGGACGGCGGCGGUGACGAUGGCCAUCGGCUGGCUCCGGGGGGACGACGCCGCGGUCCGGUCCCGCUUCGCCGAAGUGGAACGCGUCCCCAAGGCCCUCGAGACGACCGAGAAUCCGCUGGUGAAGACGGUCUUCCACGUGUGCAGAGCCAUGCACGCCUCGCUGUCCGGGAAAGCGGAAGGGCAACAGAAUUCCUUCUACCACUGCGAGCGGGCCAGUAGCCACCUGUGGAACAGCCUCACCGUCAGCGGCAACGGCAGGUCCAGCCCGGGCCUCAGUCACGGGAUCCAGCUGCUCGCCUGCGACUUGCUGCUGUCGCUGCGCACGGCGCUGUGGCAGAAGCAGGCCGGGCCCGGCCAGGCCCUCGGAGAGACCAACCACGCCUCCGCCCCCGAGCUGGCCGGGUUCCAGCGGGACUUGGGCAGCCUGCGCCGGCUGGCCCACGGCUUCCGGCCCGCGUAUCGGAAGGUCUUCCUGCACGAGGCCACAGUGCGCUUGAUGGCGGGCGCCAGCCCCACCCGCACGCAUCAGCUCCUGGAGCACAGCCUCAGGCGGCGGACCCCGCAGGGCGCCAAGCACGGUGAACUGGAGGCCUUGCCGGGCCAGCGGGAGCGGGCCACUGCCAUCCUGCUGGCGUGCCGCCACCUCCCCCUGUCCUUCCUGUCCUCCCCGGGCCAGCGCGCCGUCCUGCUGGCGGAGGCCGCCCGCACCCUGGAGAAGGUGGGAGACAAGCGCUCGUGCAACGACUGCCAGCAGAUGAUCGUCAAGCUCAGCGGGGGCACCGCCAUCGCAGCCUCCUAGCCCUCCCCGCCCCUGCCCAGCCCAGUCCCGUGCCAGGGGGCUUGGGGUCACGUCACAGGCUAGGUCCCCGGGACGGGCGGGAUUCCUCGGCUAUCCCGGACCCCCAUCCCAGCCCCGAAGCGCGCCGCCCGCCUUCCCCUCCCGUCUGGCUCUCGCACUCACCCUGACCCCCGGAGCCGACCGGGGCACCGGUUUACCCUCUCAGCCGCCCCCCCAGCGGGAUCAGCUCUUCCUUGGGCUCCCUGGACUGCUGCUGCCCACCAGGAACCACUUUGGGUUUCUCCUCCUGGAGGGGAGACUGUGGGGACUGGGUGGAGAAUCCCCCGAGGAACAGAGAGGUGUGCGUUCCCGUCGGUUCUGCCCCGGGACUUUCCUCUCCCCUUCGAUCCCAGAACUAUCCGGCUAGGCUUUCCCCGGAGCUUUUCUCCUCUGGGCCCCCAGAACAACGGGGCGCCUGAGUGGUUAGUGCAGAGAUCUUCUGCCUCUGCGUUUUUUAUACAACUUUUUAUAGCGACACGUGUGGCUCGUUGAGACCUAGGGAAAAAUAAUGUGCAGUCCCCUCUCCCGGAAUACGUUUCCCCUCUCUCCUACCCCAAGAAGCCAGCUGUGGGCCUUUUGCGAGAGCCCGGAAACGAGUGGUAGGAACCGGGGGGACAUCUUUGGAGGGAGUAGAAUGAAAUGAUUAUUUUUAACCUUUUUUUUUUUCGUAAAUGCAUCAUUGAAUGGGCUCAUUCCCAUUCCUGGGGGAACAGAGUCAAACUCUCAGCCCAGGUGGCUUUCAGUAGCCCCCCAACCGGUUGAUGAGGGGGGCGGGCCAGAGUUUAGCCCCAAAUGAAAGUAGGGGUCCUGGCGGCUUGGAGCCUUCCAGUUCCCAGCUUCUGAAUCCACCCACCAUUUCUCAGCGGAGGAACCCGCUGUUGGAAGGGGCCCAGCCUUGAGGCAGCAGUCACUUGACUCAGUUUCCCCCUUUCCCGGAUUGGGCCGAGGCCCACCCAAAAUGCUUUAGCUGAGCUCCGGGUAGGGCCCCUUCUGCGACCUGUGCCUUCCACUCUCCUCUUCCUCCGCGCCUCCUCCCCUUCUGACCCUCCUCAGCGGUGGCAGAGCAGGGCAAGACUCCUAGCCCUGGUUUUUACAGAAAAAUAAUCAUUGGAGUUUUCCUUUUAGUGGAGUCUGGUGAGGAUCAUGGGAAGACAAUAGAUUUCUGCCCCGGCCACCUCCCCAUCGCCGAUGGUUGCGGAUUUGGGGCGAGGGGGGGAGGGUAUUGUUACCUUUCCGUCUUCUGUUCUCUGAACUUCGAGUCUGAUUUACCUCACGUAGGGGAUGGUUUUUCCUCCCAAGUCGAGUCCGGCUCCUCAGGCGCAACCAGGACUCUGGGGCGUGGGCCGCUCCCGUUCUGCCCGACGGCUCCAGGACCCGGAAGCGGUUGAUGCCUCAGCCUCCGAAGGGAGAGGGAAUAAGAGCAGGUGCCUUGUGGCGGACCAGAAUUCACCCUCGCGGCCUCCUCUUGGGCAGGGCUUCGGCGACGGCCCUCCACCAGGCACGCCACGGACCCGGGCAUUUUGAAAUGCCUCAUCUUGGGGGGUGUUUCCGUCUUCCCCCACCCCCGUGUCUACCGUGGCCUGGACUGCCGCCGCCCUCGGCUUGGAAACGCUUAGGGAAAACAGGGCUCCCACCGUCCCGUACCCCCAAGGCCUGGUGGUGAGACCUUGGCGGGAACGGUUGAGCAAUGAGGGCAAGACCCGGACGAAGUUGAAACUGGGGAAAAGCAACUUCUCCCCCCAACCCUGUAAGCAGUCAACCCCCGGCCUCGAGGUGUGGGGGCCGAGCUCCCUCGCCCCCCACCCCGGGCCUCCAGACGCUGCCCGUUUUAUAUGUUGCAUUUAUUUAUGGACUUGACUGGCCUUCCGCGCGUGGGUCCUACACCCUCUUUGUUUUGUAUGUGUACACGCUCGCCGAGCCUUGAUUUGUUGUAAUGGGAGUGGGAGGGUGUUUUUUUCGUAUAAAAAGGAAAGAGGCUAAUUUAUCCCAGUUGUAGGUGGGGAGGGGACCAACGGGAGAUGGUGGAAGCACGUUUCUGGCUGAUGACGUUGAUGUUGAAUCGUGCACCUUUGCCCCCUCUCAAACUGGGAAGUAGAAUAAACCAGAUUGGUACCACCUGGAC